GUUUAUUUCCUUUAUCUAGUUGAGUAUCCCAAUGUUUAUUUGUUAGAUGAAAAUAAAAAGAUAAAAUCUUCUCUGUUUGAGUGUCAUUCCCAUCCCCUUCCUUCUUUCUUUCUUUACUAAUUAGAUAGAUAGAGAAGAGAAGAGAGAAAAUAAAACACAAACAAACUUGAUCCUUCUUGAUUCAAUUUCAACCAUUAAACAUGUCGGCCAAGUCAACGGAGACCUUGCAGCACCAUUCCCAGUACUCAUCAUCCUCCCAAAUUAUGUUCAACCACAACUACGCCACCGCCGGCAUGUGUGAGAUCACAGAGGAGGAAGAAGAAGUCCAGACAACCAUCAACCACCACCACCAGCUUGAUAAUGAAAUUGAAGAAGAAGAGUGUGUUUAUGUGGCAGUUGGUAAAAGUGAUACAAGCAUGGAAGCUCUCUCAUGGACACUCAACAACUUGUUCACUCAUCACUCUACCAAUACCAUGCUCUAUCUCAUACAUGUUUUCCCACAAAUCAAACACAUUCCUCAUCCACUGGGAGUAGGAAUGAUUGCAAGGAAUCAAGUGAGUGCAGAGCAGGUGGAGAUUUAUAUGGACCAAGAAAGAGACAAGAGGAGACAACUCCUUCACAAGUUCCUCCAUUCUUGCUCUAUUUCUAAGGUUAAGGUGGACACCAUCCUAAUAGAAAGUGACUUGGUUGCUAAGGCCAUCCUUGAUCUUAUUCCCAUUCUUCAAAUCACUAAUUUAGUCAUUGGUGCCAAUAAAUCCAAUAUAAGAAAAUCAAGAUCAAAGAAAGGAAAUGGUGGUGUUGCUGAUCAGGUAGUGCAGAAUGCACCACAAAAUUGCAAGGUUAGAGUUAUUUGUGAAGGUAAGGAAGUGAAUGAGCAAAUGAUGAUGAUGUCACAGUUACCCUCUCCUCAGAUAAUUACCACUACAAACUCUGCUAACAAUGAUAAUUCUGUGAACACUAAAGAAAAUGAUUCUGUUUUAUGUGUUUGUUUCAAGCCAAAGUUUAAAUAACUAUAUUCAUUCAUUGUGUUACUCAAUUACACAACAUAUAUAGCAAAGGGAUAUCAUAUACUAUAUAUAUAGCUCUGUCAAGUUCUUUGACUCAUGAUAAUGUAAAAUGGAUAUUUUGAAAUCUCAAUAUAGUGGAUAUGAAGUUUUAGAUUUUGAAAACAUAAAGAAUUAAUACACUUUUCCAUACAACAUGUUGUGUAGAGUUUGGUUUGUAUUGAAUUUGAGAUUGAAUUUGCCAGUAUUUGUCCCUUUCUUGAUUGUAAUAAUAAAAACAGCAAAAUUAGGUCCAUUAUUUGUGAACAUGGGUUAGGCUUCGGCAUUAAUCACACCAUUGUAUCAUAUGGUUGUAUUUACGUGUGGUUAGUGUUUUUCCUUUCAUUUUCUGGUUGGCACAAUAUUGUUAUCAUCACCUUGGUCACUAUAUUGUAUUCUUCCUUGGUUAUGUCGAAAUGAAAGGAAAUUUAGCAUAUCAUUUGUAGUGUUAAAAUAAAAAACAAAUUUUUUAGUGUGUU